UAUUUCACCAAAUGACCUACUCGUACAACAUAUCAUUCUCCUAUUCUCACACUUUGAUCAUCGGCUUGUGUUAUCAAUCCAUCCAUACAUCCUUCCGUAAAAUCUUGGAGAAGAAAUCGAAUCACUGAUCGAGAGUCUUUGCCUGUGUUAUCACUGAGGAUUGAUCUGUCACAAGUUCAACACUGUCGACCCUUUCGACGCUUAUAGAACAAUGUUCUCGGAUCUUGCUUCUAUGUCAAAAGCAGAGUCUCUAUUGGAGAUGCAGCAUGAACGCAAUGAAUUUUUCCCAGCUAGUCCGCACAGAGAUGAUUUGAGCCGCCCGUGUGAUCAGUUCUCCAGCCAUGAUCCACGGGUGCUAGGGCUGACCGAUGUAAUCUUUCGAGAACUCUAUGUUCAACGGCUGGAUCUGUUCGAGAAGCUGUUUCCAGGACCGCAAGAAAGGAUACAGAAGAAGUUCACAAGAAAAUUGUCGGACCUGAGAUUGAGAAGAAGGAUGAAAAGCCGGUCGGCCAUCCUUCGGAGGAGUCUCAGCGUCGGUUCGCCGAGGAUCUAUAGGUUGAGAGGAGGAGGUGGAGGAGAUGAAAGCGAAGAAGAGCCCUUGAAACUGCACCGUUUCAAGGUGAGGAUUGUGGAUGCAGACGAAAGCGAUGAUUUUCCAUAUGAUCCUCCUCAAGGUAGCCAGACUGGAACUAAUAACUAGAAUUUUUUUUUUCUUGUCUUCCAGUUACGAAGGAUGCCCAUGAGUCUAAUACACCGCUCUUGAUGUUUUAAUAGAUGUAAAAUAACACCAUUUGAUAAUUCUGGAAUAGCAGUGUUUAUUUUCUUUUCACUUUUUAAUUUGCAUUUGACUAUGAAGAACAAAAUUAAACUGA